GCAUACAUUCCUGCACGUUUUUUGAGUCUGUUCUUUCACCAUGCCUUUCCUUGACCUCCAGAGUAACCUGCCUGCGAGCAGCUUUUCUGAAGACUUUCUGAAGAAGCUUGUGUCUGUGACUGCGGCCGCUUUGGGGAAACCAGAAGACCGCAUGCAUGUGGUGGUGCAUCCUGGUCUUCCCAUGAUAAUAAAAGGAUCCUGCGCCCCUUGUGCCAUCCUCUCUGUGUCAGCCAUUGGAGCCACAGACUCUGCAGAGAAGAACAAGGACCACAGCGCAAAGAUCUUCAGCUUCCUCACCAGCGAACUCAACCUCACUGAAGACAGGAUUGGGAUCAUGUUCAACGCUCUACAGCCCCAUCAAGUGGGCACGAAGGGAACUGUCAUGAGCUUUUUGUAAACGUCUCAGUUGAAGUCAGUGAA